CUUACUAAGUUUGCUUAUUUUAUUCUUCAUAAAGAAUUUAGUAUUAUAAAAGACUUAGUAUAUAUAUUUACUAAGGUUAUACUCUUAAACUAUAGUUUACUAAAAAAAAAAUAUUUUUAA